CCCAAAUGAAAAUUWAAAWAAUACAUCUUGAUUAAUGGGUGAUAUUCAUCGAGACAGUGCAACCUGUUUUGUUGAGCUAUCACUUACCGAGGACAUAGCAUGAAUAAACAUGAAUCCUUUUUCAGUAUACCAAACACAUUUUAACAGUACACUACUGUACACGAUCAAACAAGAAGGAUAAUGCAACCACAUCCAACCAGCUAUGGUUUGAAUACGUUUUUCGUCUACAAAAUAAUACUUGACUGAAGACUGGAUUGGAAAACACUGCUAAUAGUGUAUAUUUACACUGUAAAAGAACCAGCGACAGAGACUGAUCUCACUUGAUUGAACAACUUAAUCCCUUUACAAAGAAAAAGUACUUCACUAUAACAACUCCUAAUAUAUGCUGUCAUAAACAGUUUGUAACUAUUGGUUCUGCUUGCAAGAGAAUCAUCACAACCUCUCUCUCAGAAGAGGGACUCUUACAGCCGACACCGAAUGACUUUCUUACGGCUUCGUAGCAUUUUAAGRUCAUUCUAUGUGAUUUGUUCUUAGUUCGAUUUGGACGAGCUUGUCAAACUGCUAGCACUGGCUACUUGUAAAAUGUCAGAAAAAGUCGUACACUUUGAAAAUUACGUUUCAACGUCAGACGAACAAGCCAUAACAGGUGAAUCCGGCGCUACGAAUGAACCGUUCACUGAAAGUACUACUAUAUCCACAGAAAACCAUCUUAGCUGCAAUGACAACGAAGAGAAGUUAAAGGCUACCGACAAAUGGAGGUCUGUAGGGCGACGAAUUCAGUCGGCAAUGUGCAUAAAGAAUACGGUCCAGCCAGUGCGUUCCAGGAGAAARUCAAUCUGGAGAACCCCAACUGAAACGAUUGAUCCUUUUAUACAGAAAUUCAGUACAAGAUCAGAUAACCGUAAAACAACACCACCAAAGCGAACAUCCAAGAAGAUCUCACAUAAAGUGUCCAUUGAAAACAAUUUGCAGACAAUAGCGGAGUCUCAGUUCCAGCCAAACGACAGUGAUAUUCUAAGUGAUGAUGUAGAUACAGGUUACAGAGGUGCAUUACCAUGCAGUAUACGAACUGUGUUCGCUCCAGAGGGUUUGUUUAUCUAUUCGUGGUCAUAUUUUGUCGCUUUUUCUAUUCGUUAUAAUUUAUGGGUUCUUAUAACGAGAAUAGCAUUUCCAAAGGCGCAAUCUGAAUUCAAAAACGUUUGGUUAGUUUUCGAUUACAUCUGUGAUCUGAUCUAUUUUAUAGACAUGCUGAUAUCGUUUAGAACUGGAUAUCUCGACCAAGGAAUCUUGGUAACAGAACCAGGAAAGAUCGCAGCAUCUUAUAUCAAAUCAAAACGAUUUUUAGCAGACAUACUGUCUCUUUUCCCUACAGACUUUUUCCACGUAUUUUAUUCAGUAAAUCUACCUCUUCUUCGCCUCAAUAGACUUAUCAAAUCUUACAAAAGCCUUGGAAUAAAAGAUAUAAUGGAAUCCCACACCAACUACCCUACGUUUUACCGCGUUUUCUUUCUGUUACAUCUGAUGUUUGUAUUGAUUAAUUGGAAUGCUGGCAUAUAUUUCAUGAUAUCGAGAGCUGAGGGAUUUGGAACUAACCAAUGGGUUUACGUGGGAAAUGGUUCGYUAUACCAGCAAUAUCUAAAGUCUCUUUACUGGUCKACGUUAACACUAACGGCAAUUGGAGAUCUCCCUUCACCCGCAACGAACUAUGAAUACAUAUACACUAUCGCUUGUUAUUUAUGUGGUGUAUUUAUGUUCGCUACUAUUGUUGGUAAUGCYGGGAACAUCAUCGUCAACAGCAAUGCUGGUAGAAUGGAAUUUGAACGACAAAGGGAAAGCACAAAAACCUACAUGCAGAAGAACAAAGUCCCGAAAGAUUUACAGCGUCGCGUUUUGAUGUGGUACGACUAUACAUGGAACCGUGGACGAAUUGGCAACAGUAGCUACGACCUAAAUACACUGACCCUUCUUCCAGACAAACUCAAAACAGAAAUCGCCCUCCAUGUCAACUUAGAAACUCUGAGUAAAGUAACAUUUUUACAAAAGUGCCAGCCAGAAUUCCUUCAUGAUCUUGUUUUAAAAAUGAAAUUACGAAUAUUCACACCCGGGGAUUAUAUCUGUCGCCAUGGCGAAGUAGCACGGGAAAUGUACGUCAUCAUCAAUGGGAAAAUAGAGGUUGUUGGCGAUAGUGGACAGGUAUUGAAAGUCUUAUCUGGAGGAGAUUUCUUUGGAGAGAUUGGCAUUCUUAGUUUAAGUGAAGGCCAAAACAAACGAACCGCUGACAUUCGUACUGUGGGAUAUGUGGAAUGCUUUGUGCUGUCAAAAGAAGACGUACUGAGUGCAACACGUGACUUCCCUGAAGCGCAGGCUGUUCUGGCCGAAUAUGGCCGCCGGCGUCUGGAAGGACAAACAACAUGUAAAGACCCUCGUUUAGUUGACAUGGAAGACUGUAAACCAGUGAACUCUAUACCAUCUUUACCGAGUGUCAAYGGAUCAAUACCCCAGCUAUCUAGCGAAUCUCUUAAACCAACAUUUCAACUCUCGAAAUCAAUACGGACGUCACGGGCCGGUUUACUCGACCCAAUCGAUACUCGUCCGUCAAAUCUCCCAGAAAACAUUAUAGACAAAAAUAUUGAAAAAGGCUCAAUUCCUAGUAUCACGAAUACCGAAGACUAUGAUGACGUCAUUAUGAAAAUGAUGACGUCAUCGUGUCAAGAGGUCGUCAGUUACGUAAGGGAGCUGUGGAAACGGAAAGAAGAGUUGAAAAAGAAAGAGAYUGAUGUUAAGUUAGAGGCUUUAAAAGAAGAGUUAACAGUUAGAUGUGAACGUAUUGAUCAGAUGCAGCAGUUAAUUUCAGCUCAGGAGGCCGAACUUCAAGCGUGGAGGGAAGUAGUACAUGAAUUAGAAGACAAACGAAUGGAAGACACGAGGAGAAUAGAAGCCCUWRUACAAGAUAACCAGACAUUGAACGCUGAACUUCAAAGAUGCAGUUGUGGUGGUCAGMGGCGUGGAAGGACUGGGUUACAGCUUGAUACAAACGACACGUUAUGUUAAGGUUGACAAACGCCGCACUGAAACUUUGGAUAAAUUACCCUUAAAAGGCUUCCUGAGAUGAGAUAUGAGAUAUUCUAUCUGAGAGGAUGAAAACGGAUGGGAGAAGAGGGGGGAGGAGGGGAGAGGAGGGGAGAGGAGGGGAGGAGGGCUUAAUGUCUUGAUACAAGCAUGCUAUAACAUUGCAGUGCGCGUUUCAAGUAUUUUUAAUAAAUGUUCAAUGCGCUGCAAUUAGACGAUCGUGUGAAUAUUCAUUUUAAUAUUUAUAUAAAAUAAAUGCACAUUGCACAUUAUGAAAAAUACGCGCACUGUAAUGUCGAAAGCUUGUCACAGCUAUUAACAGRAUUUAGAAAUUACUUUGUUCCUGGAGUGCACAUGGCAUAAACAUCGAGUAAACGUUCUGSACACAAAUAUGUUCAAAAUUUUGUUUUUGUUUUACGCAGUUGGAAUGAGAUCCCAUGUGCUUAAAGUAUAUUAAUCUAUGAAUUUCAUUGACAAAAAUGAAUGUACAUAUGUCAAUGAUUACACCAAAAAUUACAUGGUUUUAUUGAAGAUCUGUACGAUCGUAUCUUUGGAAAGCCAAUAUAUUAGAAAGACUAGAAAAGAAAAAAAUACUUUGCGUUGACGAUCUUGGAUAUUGUAAAUGAAUAAAGAACAAAAAGUAUGUUGAUAUUUAACAGAGUAAAUCAAAAUGAAUAUAUUUAAUGUAUUAUAACAAAAUAAAAGUUUCAAAAUCUUCA